UAGUAAUACCAAUAUAUCGAUAGUUGGACAACUUUUAAUAGAUAAACUCCUGUAGCAUUAAUUUAUUUAAGGGCACGAACUCAUGUUUAGUGAAGACGAAAAAAAAGAACUGCGAGAGCGCUUUGACGAACUGGAUGAAAACAAAAACGGACUGUUAAGCUUAGACGAAAUAGACAAAGGUCUUAAGGAUGUACAACUUAUUGUCCCCAAGCAUGAAUUGCGUCAACUCAUCUUCGAUUUUGACAAAAAUAAUGAUGGCUAUCUCAACUUUGAGGAGUAUUGCGAGCUUUGCUCAAACAUAAAGGAAAAAAAGAUAGGCCAUCUUAACGUGGUAAAAGGUCUUUCAGGCCUAAACAUCGUGGAGUCUACUCGUCCGCAAUCUGCAGCUGGAACGACCCAUUCCUUUUCUGAAGAGGAAAAAUAUGCUUUUACCGACUGGAUUAACCAUAUUUUGGGUAAUGAUCCAGACUUAAAGAGUCAACUUCCCAUUAACGUAGAAGGCAUGGAAUUAUUUAAAGCUUGCAACAGUGGCUUGCUUAUAGCAAAACUUAUUAAUUCUGCGGUUCCCGAGACUAUUGAUGAACGCGCACUCAACAAAAAGAAUCUCAACGUUUUUAAGAUUCACGAAAAUCAGACUCUUUGCCUCAAUUCGGCUAAAGCUAUCGGUUGUAGCAUAACUAACAUUGGAGCACAAGAUAUUAUAGAUGGCAUUCCGCACUUGUGCUUGGGCAUGAUCUGGCAGGUUAUUCGGAUUGGCUUACUGGCUCACAUCAACUUAAAAGAGUGCUCUGGCCUCGCCUUACUUUUGGAAGAAGGAGAGACCCUGCAGGACCUCCUCGCGCUUCCUGCCGAGCAAUUGCUUAUUCGCUGGGUCAACUACCAUCUGAAGCAAGCCGGCACCAACCGGACUAUUUCGAACUUUUCCGGGGACAUCAAGGAUUCCGAAUGUUACACCAUCCUGCUGAAGCAGAUAGCCCCCCAGGAGCUCGGGAUCGACACGUCGCCUCUCCGGGAGACGGACCAUCUGAAGCGUGCGGAAGCCAUGCUUGAUAACGCAGAAAAGAUGAAGUGCAGGCGCUUCGUGAGACCAACAGACGUGGUAAAGGGAAACCCCAAACUUAACCUCGCUUUUGUGGCGAACUUGUUCAACACGUAUCCGGCGCUGAAUCCUGUGGAAGUGACGGUUAUAGAGGAGACCAGAGAGGAGAAGACUUACCGCAACUGGAUGAACUCCCUCGGGGUGUCCCCGUACGUUAACAACCUCUACCAGGACCUCCGGGACGGCCUCGUGAUACUGCAGCUUUUCGACCACGUGUACACUGUGGUAGAUUGGAAACGGGUCAACCAGCCACCCUACAAAGAGAACUGGGCUGUCAUGAAAAAGACCGAGAACUGCAACUACGCGGUGGACCUUGGGAAAGAAAAGAAGUACUCUCUGGUCGGCGUGGGCGGAAAGGAUCUCGUGGACGGGGGCAAGACCCACACGCUUUCUCUGAUUUGGCAGUUGAUGAGGGCGUAUACUCUCGAGGUUUUAAAGAAGCUAUCUGGGUCUGAGAAGCCAAUAACAGACGGCGACAUCCUCCGUUGGGUCAACGAGACACUCACCGCUCACGGCAAGAGUAGCCAGAUUAAGAGCUUUAAAGACCCGUCCCUCGCAGACUCGAUGACCGUCGUCGAUUUAGUCGAGUCUAUCAAGCCCGGCUCGGUGGACUAUCAAAUCCUGAAACCGAAGGCCACCGGUCACGGUGACCGCAUGAGCAAUGCCAAGUACGCCGUUUCCAUGGCUCGCAAGAUCGGCGCCAGAGUCUACGCUCUUCCAGAGGAUCUUGUCGAGGUCAACCCAAAGAUGGUGAUGACAAUAUUCGCCUGCUUGAUGAGCUGUUCCUACCAAAAGUGAGACUGACUUACGAACUUGGCGAAGCAGAGUUAAUAAAGGCGUGCACAUCGAGCAGCUACUGCUUUCUUC